ACUAACUCUAUAGUAGUAGACAUUCGUAUUGCCUUCUAAAAGUUGCUUCCGAAGAGGAAAAGAACCGGAUAUGAGUUUCUUAUUUGGAAGCCGUUCAUCAAAGACCUUCAAGCCCAAGAAGAAUAUCCCAGAAGGCUCUCAUCAGUAUGAGCUGCUGAAGCAUGCCGAGGCCACCUUAGGAAGCGGAAACCUUCGAGCUGCUGUGAUGCUACCUGAGGGAGAGGACCUUAACGAAUGGAUCGCUGUCAAUACUGUGGACUUUUUCAACCAGAUCAACAUGCUCUACGGCACAAUCACUGAAUUCUGCACAGAAACCAGCUGCUCUGUUAUGUCUGCAGGGCCCAGGUAAAAUAAAACCGCAUUUUUCAAUGCUUUAGUAUUUUCACUUAUCCUUUGUGCUGUGCUCAGAAUCCUUGACCUGUUUUGGUGUUUCUGGUUAAAAACGACCCGCUUUUGAAAAAUGUCUCAUUAUGCUGUAUUAUCAUCGAAUAUUGGAUUUGGUGCCAACUUGAUUUUCUUUCGAUAAGCAUGUUUCAUAUCACGCUUUGGAACUGAUUGAUCAUCUGCCUCAAUGAUCUGAGCUUAUGCACCUUAGCUUUCGAUUGAACAUUGCCAAAAUGAUCCACAAAUAAUGCUUCUCAUUCAAAAACUGAGG